UCUGCUUUAUCUUCUUUAAUAGUCUCCGCUCUCUCACUCACCGAAAUCUCUCUCAAUCUCUGCAACUGUGAGCAGACAAAAAAAAGAAAUAGAAAUUCCAGUUACCCAAGAAAAAAAAUGAUGGCAGAUCAAGAAAGCAAAUCUGUGAACCACCCACUGAAUCAAAUCGCUGAGAGUCCAACUCACAAACUCCUCCUAAAACAAUGGUUCAAAGAAGAAGAACUAAUCCUAGGUCGUAUCUCUCUCAAAGAAACUCAAAUCGAUACAGUCAGGAAAGAGAUAACACAACUCUACUGUUUCUUUUUCCUAUUUCAUUCAACAUCUCUUCUUCUUCUCUUCACAUCAAAUACCAGUACUGGUUCCAUAUCCUGUCAUAGAUCUUGGAUACCAUCUGUAUGUUCUCUCCUAUCUUCAUUAGUGAUAAUCUGGGCUAUUCGAUAUAAAACCGAUGUUGAAACUCAUAUUGGGAAGCUUCUAGAUAGAGAGAAAGAAGAUUCAAAGCUUUUAUCGAAGUGUGUCCAGGAAUUGAAAUUCAAAGGGAUUGAAUUUGAUUUGUUGAAAGAAGUUGAUGCGUUAAGAAGAGCAAAGAGUCUUCGUGUUGAAGCGAAAGCCGUAUCUAAAUGGUCCGCCAGAGAUUUCGUCACACUUUUCUUUGUCGUUGUUUCUUGUUUGAUUUUGGGGCUUAUAAGGGUUGUGUUGUGUAAUGCUUAAAUUGGGAUUCUGCAUUUUGUUUUUUGGAGGAAGCAUAAAUAUUCUGCAGAAUACUUUGUUCUGCUUGCUGCUUAUUUUUUGUACGGAGGCGGAAUUUGAUGAACUAAUGAAAUAAGAUUUAUUUUCUUUUCA